UACACGCUUGAAGAACUUCGCUCCUCCUGUGAGUACAUUCGGGGCCUUCUGGACUUCACCUCCGGCGCCGCUGGGACCUGUACGGCAUACACGGACGACGGGACUUCCUGCGGCCGCGACGCACCCUACACAUCCUACAAUGUACACACAGGCUCCUGCCGUGCGGCUCUAGCGGCCCGCGUGCUGCAGGCCUUCCUGCUGCCGCGGGCUGGGGCCGGCAGGGAGGCUGCUGGUGUUGGUGGUGCGGUCCAGCUGGAGGUGGACGGGAGCAACGCCGCCGAGCUGCUGUGGCUGGCGGACGUGUGGUGCCUGGCGCCCCUCAAGGCGCACGUGCUGGCAGCGCUGCGGAGGAACAUGUGC